UCCGAAACGUGUAAGAGUCGUGGAUCGUAAACAAUAAUCGAAGCGGAAGCACACCGCAAGAGCAGGGACGAUUGCAAACAUGGCUAACAGUAACACGAUGGAGGAAGUUUUGGCAUAUUUUACUGACGGGAUUGAAACACAAGAUCCUACAGUAAUUGGAAUUCUUGUGGGAAUUCUGGUCGUAUUUGUAUCAGUUGUUUUGAUGAUUAUAUUUGGACGAUCUUCUAAUAAAAGAAGUGGUGUUCUUGUUUUGGGAAUAUGUGAUGCAGGAAAAACUCUUUUUUUUAAUCGUUUGGUAAAUGGCAAUUACAUGCAGACGUACACUUCCAUGACAACUAAUUCUAAUUAUUUUAAUAUACCUAAUAAAAAUAAACGUUUAAGGAUCUUAGAUUUGCCUGGUUAUGAAAGGAUACGAGGACCAAAUCUAGAUAAAAAUAAAUCAUUAGCCAGAGGUAUAAUAUAUGUAGUAGAUAGUUCGACUAUACAGAAAGAAAUAAAAGAAGUAGCUGGAUAUUUAUAUACAAUAUUAAGUGAUGGAACGAUAUCACACAACCGUCCACCUGUUCUUAUAGCAUGUAAUAAACAAGAUUUGACCCUAGCAAAAGGUUCAAAGGUCAUUAGAGCACAGCUAGAGAAAGAAAUGAAUACAUUGCGAGUAACCCGUGGAGCGGCUUUACAGGGACAGGAUAAUACCUCUAAUAACAAUUCUUAUCUUGGCAAAAGAAAUAAAGAUUUUGAAUUUAGUGAUUUAAGUCCUAUCAAUGUAGAAUUUGUUGAAUGCAGUUGUGGAAAAGAUGAUACAUCAAUGGUUAAUUUAGAUGAAGUUAAGAAUUGGCUAGAAUCUAUAGCUUAACUGAAUAAAAAACGUUUAUUAAAUGAUAUUUUAUCAUAUUACGAUACAUGGACUUAAAUGAGUGAAAAAUGUUAUUAAACGAUAGUUGUCAAGUCAUAUUUAUAUCAUUAUAUUACAUGAACAUGUCAAAAGGAUAAUUUUUGCAUUGAAAUUGUUACAGUGGCUUUACAUCACUUGUUACAGUAGCUUUACAUCACUUGUUAUAGUGGCUUUGUAUUACUUGUUAUAGUGGGUUUUUGAGAAAAAAAAAUCACCCAGUGGUGGUAUUCAGUUGAUUUGUAUUACAAAAUUAACCAUCAAUAACAAUUGAUAUUAUUACCCUCAGUUUUGUAUAGGUAUUGUGUUUGAUUGUCAAAUAAAAAACAGUUUUAUUUGAAAAAGUAGUGGACUAUUUUUAUGUGUUUGUAAUAUAGGGAGGAAGGGUUUUCAUGUAUUAUAAAACAAUGUUUUGUUUGUAUGAUUGAAUUAAAAUGUUUAGUAUA